AUGACACAUUUUCUGGUCUUAGAAACUGAAGUCAGACCUUCAGAUGUUGUAUGUGCGAUAAAUCCUGAAACAACUCCAAGCUCUACAACUCCUAAUUCUAACCGACUUCCUAACCCUGGGGGUGCCCCUUCUGGGGCAGACAGGACAAGUGGCACGUCGGACAUGAGCCAGCUGUUGCAGAAUCCAACUGUUUCUCGGAUGAUGCAAAUCUUACUUUCAAAUCCCCAGUAUAUGGAGCAGAUUGUGAGUCAAAACCCUCAACUUCUCACUAUGUUCGAUUCUAACCCUCAGUUGAGGGAAAUGAUGCAGAAUCCAGAAGUGCUUCGUCAGUUAAUUUCACCUCGAAUGAUGAAUCCUACUCAGACUGGUGCUUCUCCAGGAUUACAAAACAAUAUGGGAUUCGACAUGUUGAUGAGUAUGUUUGGUGGACUUGGAGCUGGUGGCAUGGGAGUCCCAAAUGUCCCUGAUGUGGCACUAGAGCAACUUUAUGCAACUCAACUAUCUCAACUUCAGGAGAUGGGGUUCUUUGAUUUGCAGGAGAAUAUUAGGGUUUUAUGUGCUACUUCGGGCAAUGUUUAUGCUGCUGUUGAGAGACUUUUGGGGAAACUUUGGUCCAUGAUGGUGAUGGUGUGGCAUUCUUUAUGAUUUAUUUAAUGAUGACAUGUUGGCAUGUAAUGUAAGUUGUUUUUUUCUUUAAAGUAUUCAAAUCGUUAUCAAACUGACCAGGGGCAUUUCGGUGGAAUUUUUUUUUCCAGUUUUUGGA